GUUUUUAUAGCAACAUGGUGAUUCAAAUUUUAACGGCAUCCGACAGUGUUGCCAGCUGCUGACACUGGAAGCGUGUGUACGUGCUCGGUUUCAAAACUUAUGCUGUCAACCGCUGCGGUGACGUCAUGAACUUUUGUCCCUCGAGUUUUCGUUUGUAAUUCUGUGCUGUAAAAAUGAUCAAAUAACGUUGUAAACGCCACCAACCAUCACUGGAAAGGUAGUUAAUCGACGCGCAAGGAUACCGUGCAUCGGGAUUUCAAGGGCUGAAGAUACCAAAAAAUUGAAAAAAGGCUUGUAUAAGGAAACAGAGAUUGUCGUAGAAACCCACCCUUGAUAGUCCUAGUGAAGCAGUUGUUGAACGCAGACGACAGGAUGUCGGAAAUACAGAGUGGAGGUGCGGACCUGCGGCGCCGUUCGCGCUCAAUGACGCCCAACAGCUUGAACCUGCGUGUCAGCUCGGAUCGUGAGCAGAACGGUUCAGAUCCUUCACCCAACCGCAAAACUCGCAAAGCGCCGACCGUCGGUACGAUCGAGGAAAAAGAUGAGUCUACACCAACGCAGAACCGUGGCAGUUCGGUGCGUAAAACCCGCAUCGUCACUUCGGACUACUCAUCGGAAGAGACCUCACCGGAGACGGCACGUGCGGCGGCUGCGGCCGUCGCUGCGAAUGCUAACGAACAGUUGGCCAAAUCGGUGGCACAAUUAACAAAAUCAUCCACCACAACCACCUCAACCACAUCCAGCAGCAGCGUGGUCGUCGUCAGUGGAGAAGUACGGGCAGAAGAGAAGAGGAUCACCGUAACGAAAGUCAGCAAUAAUAAUGCUGCGUCUGCAUCACCAAAGAAAGAUACCAUCAGUCAGCAGCAGCAACAGCAAAAAGUGCCCAUCAUCUCAGUGCCUGUGGAUGCUCAACCGGCCGCGGCCGGUAAGAGGAUCACUUCUUCCAGCAGUACUACCUCCACCAGUACCGUGUCCAGUAAGACCGUUUCCGGUGGGAGCACGAUUCGAACGAGCACCCCGAAAAAUGCGGUCACAACCAGAUCAGCAACUGCAGCAUCAUCGGCUGCUAAGAUCGUGCUUACACCGGAAGAGCUUAAGCAGCACGCUGCAUACAAAGAGUACAUUGAAGCAGGUGAAUACUGGAACAAGUACCCGAAGACGGAUUACACCUACUCGGAGCUGUCACCACAUCGGCGGGAAGUGGCACCAGGGCUGAUUGCCAUGCCGAACAUGUCUCGACCCAGCCUGUCCAACCAUGCCGAGCGAGUUCACACGAUGAUCCAACGCGACCCGGAACGUGAAACGUACAUUCGCGAACGGUACGCCGCGGGAGCUCGGUUCGCUAGGCGCGAAGCACAGUACGAUUCUGCCGAUGAGGAUGAUUAUUUCUCCCAGCAAGCACACCUGAGACAACAGAAGCGUGUAACCAUUGAGAAACGUUCGAUAGUGAGCCGUUUCUUCCUGGCAAUCGUCACGUACGUGUUCAGUUGCUAUGAUACCGUUCGCUCAGUGUUUACCAGAAAGUCCGAUGAGCAGCAGCAACUCUACUACACGCGCAUCGUGGAUGAGCGAGGAUUCUUUGCCCGAGUGUACGGGGCCAUCUCGUCGUUCUUCAUCCACCUAUUCAAGCGCGUCUACUUGCUGAUCUCCUCCGUGUUGUAUCUGGAUGCCUGGUUACUCCAAACGUCUGCUGUCAAUCAGGAACAACAGCUUUUGGCUGCUGGGCAACGUAAACGUCGCUUUUUGCUGUUUCUACUGGUGCUGCUACCAUUCCUGCUGAUUGGUGCAUAUCUCUUGGCAGACGAAGACCAUACGAUCGUACUGCCGGCAUCUUCACGCGCUACAAUAGCAUUAUCAUCGUUUUCACGUGCUCUACCGGAACACUUGAGGGACGCAAAGAUUACCGUGGAACAGCUCUACGAAUACGUUAGCAAUUCUAAACCAGUGGAAGGUUUCCGAUCUGCUAGUUGGCCCUCAUUCUGGACGCUUUUACCGUCCUUCGGAUGGCUGUCAAGUCUAUCAUGGCCAACGUUUUCAACAAGAGAAGGUACAGCGAGUGGUCCGCAAUCGUCCAUCCAUGAUACUCUGCGCCGUACACUGAGCAGGGAGGAAUACGAAGAGCUAAUGCACCAUAUUGAUUCAUAUAUCGAUGGACUGUUGGAGCAAAAGUAUGCUUCCAAGCUGGUGCAAGCUGUGCGCGAGACGGAAGAGCGCGAAAAAGGACAAAAACAGAGUGCCAUUACACCGGAAAUAACAGCGCACGUCGCGAGUAUUAUUCAGCAAAGCUUAAGCACCUACAACUACCGAUUGACGGACGGUGACAUUGAGAAUGUGGCCCAAAGAGUACACCAAACGAUGCUAACAACGUAUCCGGCAGUGUUUGAUGCUGAGCGCUUGUUAAAGCAGACCCAGGAACGUAUCAUAAACGAGGGUAGGCCCGAAGUAUCGAAGGAAUACAUUGCAGAGAUACAGCGGAUAGUUGAGCAACAGAUAAGCAUUACCAACAACCAGUAUAUCAUCGAAGGACAUCAGUUGGAAGAGCUUCUUACGAAGAUACUCAGCUCCAAUCAGUUGCUGACGUUGAUUGACCAUCGAAUCGAUGCUAAGGCGCAAACUAUUCAAACAGAAGCCGACCAGCGGCGGAAUGCUUUGGUGGAAUCACUUCAGAAGGAACUGAGUGAUAUCAAAGCGCACUUCAAUCAGCAACUGCUAGAUAGUAGUGCACAGUGGGAAGAUCGGUUACAGCUCGUGGCACAAAAUCACGCCAAGCUGGGCGAUCAGCUCAGUGCCUAUCGAUUGGAGAACGAUAAGCUCUACCAACGGCUGCUAACGAAUAUCGAUGGCCGACUAGAUGCCAUUCGUGCAGAACGCUUCGAAGGAGUUAAUAAGGUUGUAAGGGAAAACAUACUCACCAUUCUUGGACUCAAUCUGCAGCAGGAUAUCCCGGAGGGUGAUUUGCGAUCAUGGAUCAAUGGAGUAUUUGUAGCACGCGAACACUUGGAGGAACGACUGGCAGAGCUGCUGCGGGAAGUGAAAACCGAGCGGCAAUCAGACAUAGAACAAGGUGUCGCCCAACUGAUGGCGGACAUUGGGGAGCAGCUUCGGAAUGAGAUGAAGCUACGGUUGGAAGAAGUGCACUUGGCAAACAUCAAACAAUCGGAUCAUUCUGGUGAUGGCCAACCAACGGAACAAUCGGCGGGCACCUUAACGGAGAAUGAUGUUAAACGAAUCGUCCGUGAAGCGCUGGUUAUCUACGAUGCUGAUAAGACGGGUUUAGUCGAUUAUGCUCUGGAAACGGCCGGUGGUCAAGUGCUUUCGACACGCUGCACAGAAAACUACAAAUCCCAUUCGGCCGAGUUCCGCAUAUUUGGCAUUCCGAUCUGGUAUCCAUCCAACACACCGCGAACCGUCAUUUCGCCAACGAUGGAACCGGGACAAUGUUGGGCUUUCCAAGGGUUCCCCGGCUAUCUCGUCAUACAAUUAAACACCCGAGUAAUCGUGACGGGCUUUACGCUGGAGCAUAUCUCUAAGCUUCUAGUCGCCCAAGGAUCAAUAAGUUCUGCCCCGAGAGCGUUUACCGUUUGGGGUCUGCGAGUGCUAGAGGAUCCCGAGCCUGUCCUGCUGGGUAGCUACGAGUAUCGGGACCAGGCGGGCAGCAGCCUUCAGUACUUCCCGGUACAGAACAAACAGUGGCAGGAACCGCUGCAGAUCGUCGAGCUGCGCAUCGAGUCAAACCAUGGCAACAUUCACUACACCUGUCUGUACCGGUUUCGGGUGCACGGUGACAAGGUUGACUAUGCGCGAUAGAGAACCAUCACACCGGAGAGACCGUUUGUUUCCUAUCAGAUCGGGGCGGAUUAUCGAUGUUUUAUUCGAUUUUAGUUUAUUUAUUGCUGUAGUAGUUGCGUUUACGUACAUGUUUGUUUGUCUUGUCUUGUGUCACUCUUCUAAUGUUUUGUUUUUAACCGUAUAUGAACGGCCUAGUUCGUAUCCAUCACAGAUCAUAUACGAUCGAUCAUACCAAAAGUGAAGAGGAGUAGUAACAUUAAUUACCUUUUGUCCAACGAGCAGCCAGUGUUGCUUUCCUUUAAAAUGUGUUAGAUAGUAUGUCAUUUUGUUUCGUUUUGUUUAGAGGAAAAGCAAUAGAGUAUUGAUUUACUCUCGUAGAAUCCGUUGGCAGCAUGCUUUUAUGAUGUUCGGUCAGUUUAAUAGAUAGUGCGCUGUACUUUCCAGUGUUAGGAAAAGAUGAAUAUAGCUAUUGCAGUGUUGUACAAACGAGUAGGAAUAGCUUUAACUGAACGCCAUUACCUCCCAUUGCACUUGUUUUAACUCUUAGUUUAUCCUACUUACAAAUACUACUAACAAAAAGGCCUAACAUCUACUGUACCAUUUCUUUAUUUGUUGUUUUUUUACUGUAAGGUCUCUUACUAGAUUUUUUUUCGUGUUACAAGUAGUUUUCUCGAUUAGAUUUAGUUAGUUAGUUAGCAGCCCUCCUUGUCCUCUUUCUACAGUACUAGUACCUAACCUAGAUGCGAUUACUAGGGCAAUACACUUAAUAGGAAGGAAACGUACCAGAGCGGCCUUAGAAAAAAGUUGAGCAAUGUUAAGCAACUACUUUUAGAGAAAAUGGUGUAACAAGCGAGACUAACACACACAUUACAUACCCGAUACGAUGUGGCACUUUAUAGCCAAGGCGGGUAGAUAAAAAUGAAUGAUUUGGGUGUAAACUUUGUAUUUGAAUACCAUCCUCAUGCAACGCGCAAGCGCUCUACCACCUUCAUCGUAUGUUCUUAAUAUUUGAUUCUUAAACGGAAACCGAGCCUGUGGCCCUCGUUUUUUUUGCAAUAGAGUAAGCGUUUGCCUGAGUUUUAUUUUUGUUAUCCUGGCAGUUUCAGUGUCUGAAUUAGACCAUUCCUUGAAUCCAACAUCUUUCGUCUAUACCUGAGUGAUUUCUGGAUUGCCUAUUGGAUAUUUUAACGUUGAAACAAAUUUACGUAUUUUUGUGAUAGGUUUUUAUUGAAACGAAAAACAAAAUUCGAGUAAUUUAUACACUUCUUUCAGUACAAAAUUGGCAGUUAGAAAAUGUUCAUUACUUUUGAAAAAAAAAACGGUAAACUGAACCUGUAGAAUGACAGGGAGGGUAGAUUGCGUGAAAGGCUGGCCAUGGCAUGCACUCAAAGGAUUGCUUUAACGACUAGCCCACUCCAAGGAAAACGAACUCUAGCAGUUAAGCGCAGCCGAGGACUCAAAUCAAA